ACCGACAGGUUUGUAAACAUUAAAAUGCAAAAUAAUUAAAACUAAAUGGACAUUUAUAAUAAUAAAAUGUAAAAAUUAAUAAAUAAUACUAAUGUGAGUUAGUUAUCAUGGUAACAGUAACAUAUAUAAAGCGAAUGGAUGUAGGAAUUUUUACAAUAUUUUAAAGGUUUGUUGGCGCACAAGACAACUGUCUCACACAGAAAAAGUUUUUGCUCGCAAGCAUACAAGAAAUUAUUCACCAUGAAAAUCAGUUUAUGCUUUGCGUUAAUUUUUAUUUUGCACGUCACUCAAAUUAAUUGUCUUACAUUUGGACCAUCCGGUAUUUUCUUGGAAGAUGAAGCUGUCCGGGAUGUUGCCAAAAUUUCGGAGAUGUUAUCUGCAAUUGAAAAGCGAGCUGAAAAAUUACAGAGAAAAAUUGCCGUCAUUCACGACAUGAAAAAUGAAGUGAAAACGCGACGAAAUUUGAAGCCGAAAAAAGGAAAAGAAAACGAUGUUGAAAUCCCUGACAAAGAAGAAGACAUGGAUUUAAAAAAUGUCCGAAGACGAUAAAAGCAAUUCGUUAUUGUUUAUUUUGUAUCAGACAUUUCUUUAUUAUUUUUUCAUAACGAGCUGUAAAAAAUGAGUUAGGAGGUUAAUUUUUAGAAGAAUUUUAAUGUUAUUGUUCGUCUUAUUGUAUUUAAUAGUAAUAAAAUGUAUAAAUAAUUUCA